AUGCUCGCCGCCAACGCCCCGAACUCCUCCAAGAAGUCCGGGCAGAUCGUCUGCACCAUGCGGCCGCUGCUGGAGUGUCUGCAGCAGCACCAGCUCAAGCCCCCCAGCAGCAGCAGCAGCAGCAGCAGCAGCAGCAGCAGCAGCAGCAGCAGCAGCAGCAGCAGCGAGCAGCAGAAACUAGUGCCCGACGGGGACAUUUCGCAGUGCGCAAAGGAGGUUUAUUUGUUCGAAAAGACCUGCAGCAAAAGCGUCGGAUAUGUUCACGACAGAGACGGACUUGAAGACACCAGAAGUGGUUUGUUCUCCGGCACCAGGGCCCUCUAA